GCGAGCUGCUGCCCGGCCGCCCGCCCGGGCCCGAGCGCCUCCAUCACCCGGCGAGCCCAGCCAGCGCGGCGAUACCCUGGACAGCGCCCCGCGUCCUCCGCAGCGAGCAGAGCGCGCCCUCCCAGCGCCCCCUGCAAGAUGGAUGAUUCAGUACUUGAUGCCUGGCAGCUGAAAUGGCUCCACUGAAAGCUAUUGCACUUGAACUGACAUUGGGUAGCAAGGAGGUUUUGUCUCUGGAGCAGCUGUGUGCUUUUGAUCGAGAAGUAAAUGAGUUUGUGGACUACUUGUUUGGAGCUAGAGAUCCCAGGGUCAGAGGAUGGCUUAUGCUGGAUUCUUAUUUACCUACCUUUUCCCUCACUGUUGUAUAUCUGCUGUUCAUAUUUCUGGGUACCACAUUUAUGAAGAACAGGCUGGCUUUGUCACUCAGGGGUCUUCUUAUUGUCUACAACCUUGGAGUCACAAUGCUUUCACUUUACAUGCUUAUAGAGCUAAUUCUUGCCACUUGGGAAGGAGGUUAUAACUUGCAGUGUCAGAACCUGACCAGUGCAGGAGAAGCUGACAUCCGGGUGGCCAAGGUGCUGUGGUGGUAUUACUUUUCCAAAGUCAUUGAAUUUGCUGACACAAUUUUCUUUGUGCUGCGGAAGAAAAACAGCCAAAUUACCUUCCUUCACGUUUAUCAUCACGCCACUAUGUUUAACAUCUGGUGGUGUGUCAUGAAUUGGAUCCCUUGUGGACAAAGUUUCUUUGGACCCACCUUGAAUAGUUUUAUCCACGUCCUCAUGUACUCCUACUACGGACUGUCUGUCAUCCCAUCCAUGCGCAAGUAUCUUUGGUGGAAGAAAUACCUUACUCAGGCACAACUGAUCCAGUUUUUGCUUACCAUUACGCACACGCUCAGUGCAGUCGUGAAACCGUGCGGUUUUCCAUUUGGUUGCCUGAUCUUCCAGUCCUCAUACAUGGCCACACUGGUCAUUCUGUUUGUUAACUUUUAUAUUAAGACCUAUCAGAAAAGACCAUCAAGAACUGACAUAAAAGAGGUCCCUCAGAUGACUGAACUCAAGAACGGAUUCCAUAAAGACUACCUGAUGGUAGUCAAUGGUUCUCUGAACAAAAAAACACAAUGAGUUGCAUAUUUUAAUAUUACAUUGUAGUAGAUGAAAUCUUCCUCACACCAUUUUUUUCUAAAACAAGACAAAAACAAAAACAAAAAAAAGAAAAGAAAAGAAACAGACUGGAUUGACCAGGCUAUUAUUACACAGCUUUAUUUUAGUACAAACUUAGCUUUGGUUUGGUUAUAUCUACCAGUCCUUGGUAUUUCCUGUUUAACUCAUUAUUGACUACUUUUUAACAAUACAGAGUUGUUUUUAAUUUUUUGAUAAACUUCAUCAUAAAAAUGAUGAGGGUCAUUAUUUUGUUUUCCAGUCAGGAAAAACAAAGCCACGUUUUGCCACUUUUAACAUGGGCCGGAUACUGUUGUUCCUUGGGACAAUGAAUGCAUAGACAGUCUUGGAACAGAACCUUAACUUUUGAAAACAAGACUAUAGGAUACUUCACAGAUUAGUUGUUCUGACAUGCAGAGCUUUUCUACAUGAGGCUGUUGAUUCCCAAACUGAGAUGCAACAUUCUUUCCUUUUCUGCUACAUAACCUCUACGUGCCAGUGUGGUAGAGAGGAACAGCACAAGUACACACAUGAAAAAAACCAUUCUCUAUUGCUUCCUUUAAGUAGAGGGUCAUAAUGUCAUUUAAAGGACCCAUGAAUUAGGAUGAAUAGGGAAUGAUGGGCACACAAUAAAUGCCUCAUGUAGAAAAACUUCAGUGUCGUUGUGUGUGGAAAAGCGUGUUUUUCAUUAUGCUUGUAUUGGUGGUGUAAGCUUUCUUGUUUUUAAAUAUCUUUCUGAUUCUGUGGAUUGGAACCCAAUUUCUAGGGGAUUGGGGGGGGGGGGACACCUAUUCAAGCAUCAGGAAUUACGAGUUCAGGAAACACACAAGGGAGUCCCUGCUAUCCAUACGCCCUCCAUCAUGGUUUCUGGCAACCCCUACAUGCGGAAAACAACUUUCUGGAGCAAAAACACCCUGCAAUUUGUGGAGUCUAUCCACAUGAUUUGAAACCCUGGAAGAAUCAGGGACCAUGGCUCAGCUCCCCAGAAAGUCAUCCUCCACAGGUAAAAGGAAACAAUUGGGAGGCUGGAGCUAGUUUGCAUUUAAUGACCUCAGAUUUCUAAUGCCUGAAUAGCCCUAGGCUCCUAAAAGGCUGCUGUUCUCUGUGAGACUAAAAGACUACACUUUUCCUAAGUUCUAGAAAAGGGCAGAAAAUUUAGGUCAAGCCUACAGUACAACAAGGUCACAUCUUCUAAGGCAUCUAAGUUACAAUCUUAGACUAUGUGAAGAUUGCUGUAUAUGCCUUCCUUUUAAACAUGACAGAUUGGUGUGGAACAGGAAUCCUAGCAAAUGCAGAUAAUCCUUUAGGAUUGUGUCAACCCAUAACCACCUGCAACCUAGACACUGUAAUGGCUAUACAACAGAGCUCAUCACAAUUUUGUUACUGCCUUUUUAUUUAGUCGCAUUUAUGAUUUACAUCCCCUCCUGAUCCAUUUUCUAGCAUAGGUGUACAGGUUUGCAAUGUGGUGGCAAUUAAAAGGGUGCCAUAUAUCCAUUGCACUCCAAAUGACAGCUCUUAUUCCACAACCUAACUGCUGGUGCAGAAGGCUUGCCUUUUACUUUUCAGUGCUAUGGCAACACGUAAUCAAUGUUGGUUUGCCAUAAAACAGUUGAAAUGUGCAACCACAAGGCCAAUUCUAGGGGUGGUCUCUUCUAACCAGUGGGGUUUGCCUAUGCAAAGCUCCUCACAUUGAAUAGCCUGUUGCUACAGUAUUAAGAACUCAUACUGGGACACACUCCUAAUACGGUCAUAACUACCUUUCAGACAGUGGGGUAGCUCUACCCCGGGGAAUUCAACUGCAGCACGCCAACAUCUCUCACACUUGGGACUCACAUCAUUAAGUCCCACUGAUUAUAAUGCAUGCAGCCUGCUCACAACUUGGCAUCCCAAGCAGGUUAGGACAUUGUCUUCUCUGUUCCACAGAUACCGUGAGCAGAUAGAAUACUAAAUGCCAACUUCAGUACAUCUUAGGGGACUAGAAGCACAAUGGCCAUGAUGCUGAGCAUAAUUGCUUGUAAAUGGAUCACACUGAAAUCAAUGGGAUUUAUUUUGGGGGGCAAGGGAGACCAUGUGGCAAAUACACAGACAUACACACCAUGUCUUUAUGGAGGCAGCAUGUUUUCAUUGGCAAGCAAUACCAAAAAAAUGUAUUUUUGGCUGCUGAGAAUGAAUUCACCCAACAAAUGCGAACAUUACCUGGUAGGAAAGCUAAUGGGGCCAGGAAGCAACAUCAACAGCCCUGGAAAAGUUAAGACAACUCUAAGUAGCCUCUUGAUUUUGCAACAACAGCAGCAACAAAAACCUUCUCAUAACUAUACAUUCAAGCAGAUUUGAUGAGAUGACAUACAGGCAAGAAUUAGUUCCAGUGUGAGAAAGAUCUGCAGCUUUUUCUUGUGACAGUUAAAGCAGCCCAUGUUUCUCUGAAGGGCUUGGUGGGCUGAAGGGCAGACAUUAGAGAAAGCUCCUUUUUAUUACAGCCCACAAGUCUACAGCUGUUGGAACCGUGGUGGCUGAUUAAUACUUCUUUUAGUAAGAACUCUCCCCAGAAUCAUCAUUUCAGUCUGCUUCCAAGACUUGGUGAUUGUAGAAGUCAACACCUAAGUCAACACUUAAAAUGGUUGUUUGAAUUUUAUCCUGAGACAUACUUCAAAUCCAAGCAAGACUCUGAAAUCCAUUUUAAUGCAGGUGUUGGACAGGGGACCCAGCCUGGGGCAAAUGCACAAGUUAUCCAAGGUUCUCGCUUUAGAAAUCUCAGUAUUACACAGGAGAGAUCAGGUCCGGGGAUUAGAGCCAGCCAACUUUUAGGGCUCCCUCUCUAACACUCUAGGUUUGUUUGUUUUUUAAAAGGAACAUUGCCUUACUCAAUUUUCAAAGGGCUGAAAAGAUGAGCAAUGUUAAGACUCAAAACCACUUCACAAAUAGUAAAAAAUAAUUAUCAGAAUACUGCUAUUUCAACCUACCACAAUGAUGGCAACUUUUACAAUGUUUUCUAUUGAAACAUUUACCACUGAAAAUAAACACAUUUUACAUGCA